GUUACUGGUCGGUCCUGAAAACAAUCCGCUUCCUCCUUCGAUUCUUCCUCGCGACGAUCGGGAACACUGUCGUGGUGCCUUAAAACCCUUUCACUCCGAUCCACAGGAGAGCAGUCGGAUUUAAUCGGAAACCACUUCCGCCACUCUUUUUUCGGAGUUUCUCAAGAAUUUUUCCUCUUUUUUCUUCCGUCAGAAAACCUAGGGGAAGGAAGAGGAAGAGAAGAUGUCUUCUGUUACAGAGCUCAAUGAUGAUAUCAUACGCAGCAUGGCCGUCGGUGCGGUCUUCUCGGACUAUGUAGGGAAAAUCAGUUCUAUGGAUUUUCAUCGAACAGAAGACCUUCUUGUUACUGCAAGUGAGGAUGACUCUAUACGCUUGUAUGAUACUGCAAAUGCUAAGUUAUUGAAGACUACAUAUCACAAGAAGCAUGGUUCUGACCGCAUUUGCUUUACACACCAUCCAAGUUCCAUUUUAUGCUCAUCAAGAUACAACUUAGAGUUGACAAAUGAAUGCUUGCGAUAUCUUUCCAUGUAUGAUAACCGUUGUCUGCGGUAUUUUAAAGGCCAUAAGAAAAGAGUUGUUUCACUUUGUAUGUCUCCAAUAAAUGAUAGCUUCAUGUCAGGCUCUCUUGACCAUAGUGUAAGAAUAUGGGAUCUUCGUGUAAAUGCUUGCCAAGGGAUUCUGCGUUUGCGUGGAAGGCCUACUGUUGCCUAUGAUCAACAAGGCCUUGUCUUUGCAGUGGCAAUGGAAGGAGGUGCCAUCAAAUUGUUUGAUUCUCGGUCAUACGAUAAGGGUCCAUUUGAUACUUUCCUCGUUGGUGGAGAUACAGCUGAGGUCUGUGAUAUCAAGUUCAGCAAUGACGGCAGGUCUAUGGUUUUGACAACCACAAAUAAUAAUAUCUACAUUCUAGAUGCUUAUGGAGGAGAUAAGCGUUGUGGCUUCAGUCUGGAGCCUUCACCUAAUUUAACAACUGAGGCCACUUUUACUCCUGAUGGACAAUAUGUUCUGGCAGGUUCUGGAGAUGGUACUUUGCAUGCUUGGUUGAUUGAAAAGCCCAAUGAGGUAUCAUCCUGGAAUAGUUAUAUCGGUGCGGUAUCCUGCUUGAAGUGGGCUCCGAGGAGAGUCAUGUUCGCUGCCGCAUCCUCUGCCCUAACAUUUUGGAUACCCAAGUCAGACGAGGAGCCCAAAGACGGUGAAGCUGCUGUUAGAGAAUGAACAAAUCGUUGUAAUGUUGUGGUUUGUUCUCGUUAUCGAAACUUCUCUUGGAGCAUCGCUCUGAGUAUUGAAAUUCCGAUAUCUCUUUUCGACUCAAAAAGCAAUUUCGGCGUUUAAAUUAAGUGCUUAGUGAGCUUGUCUGUGUUAAUUGCAAUCAUGUAAGAUCUCAUCUGACGUUGUAGACAAAUGUAAAAGAAAAUUUUGACUGUCCGUUCCUUUUCGUUC